AUGGUUGAAAGAGCCGGCAUGUUUGCACAAGGUCACCAUGAGAAGCUUUUGAAGGCCCUGAAUGGAGAAGAGAGAAGUAGGGCCUUGUCCGACUGGCUGUACCAGUAUUGGUUCUUUUGCUUCAAGACCGCCAAACACUGGGGUAAAGGACCAAGGAUAUGGACGGCGGAGCUUUUGAACUUCGAACAGUAUCUUUCCACAGGCCGUUCUAGUCUUCCAGGAACGCCCCAGGAUUUGACACACGGCUCCACACCACAUAGCGACGAUGAGCCAACGCCACCUUCGGAUCUUUGUCGAUGGUACGUUCAUGUGCAUGAGCAGCGAUAUGAGCCGAUACCGGAAGACGUAUCUGAACCCCGAGCCUUCCCUCAGCCCGACCCUGAUGACGAUACCACCUGGGCAUCGUGGUCUCCAAGUGAGCAGCAAGCUUCAUUGCAGGCGCACCUGCGAAAUGCGCUUGAACACAAUGACUUCAGCCCUACCCCUGCCGCCGAUCUCCCUGUCGCAAUUCCACAGAUUGCCAAAGCUGCAGACGAGGAACGUUCGAGCGAGUUGCUCGUCGAGUCUCUUGGUUUCAGCAUCAUGAGUCGAAAUCUUGAUCAGAUUGAGCGACUCUUCCUGCAGUUACGGGCCAAACACAUCGAUCCAGCAUUAGUGCAUCCAUUUCAUCUAGCAACGAGUUUCCUCGAUGGGUCUAAAUCUUGUUGCGAUGUGUUCGUUGUGGUCUCGCAGUUUGUCCCUCCAGGCCAUGUCUCUGAGAUGUACCUGGAUGAGCAUGGUCACACCAUACUUGACAACCUGAUGAUCACGAUCAUCAAGUCUCACACAAGCGCAAAACCAGUUGUUGUAGACGACAAUCUCAAAGACGUCUCACGCUUCAUCGGAGAAGAAGUCGAUAUUUGUGGCCGUUGGGAUGCAGACUCCCCUUGCUGUGAUCACGAGGAGCUUACGGCUGCAGGACUUGCAGAGGAGAUUCAAUCUGUACCAGCAUUCGAGACUUGGAACACCGAGCUCAGGACAGGAUGGACUGCACUGGCCGGCGUACUACGUCGUUGUGAGACCGCGCAUGUCGAGCAGGUCGGCAACAAAUACAACGACGCAGAGUCGAGUGACGAUGAUGUCCAUUUUAUGGGAUCCACUGAGCCUGAUCGCAAUUUGCUGGACGAACAUCGCUAUGGAAACGACAUUCCGCUCUGCUUUUAUGGGAGGAAAGAUCUCGGUACAUUAUGGUGUUCGGUUCAAGCGGAAUAUCUGUCGUAUCGACGUCUUAACGACGGACUUGCCUGGACGUCGCGGUAUUUUUCGAUGGAGACUCUACGAAAGCAGCUAGAGCAAGAUGAAGACCUUGUGGUGGGAUAUGCUGAGUACAGUUUAUUGAAAGCUCACUGUGCCUGCCACAGCUUCGGUCGCUUUCCGAUGACGCUGCUGGAUGACGCGAUCGAUCCUAAUCUUGCAAAUCUCGAUGUCUGGGGGAGGGCCACAUAUGAAGGAAUCGAUUUCGAAUGGUGGGAAUAG